AACACGUGUGGGAGGGAGGUUGUUUGACAUUAGGAGUCCCGCUAUUCAAACCUUAUUCGUCUUUACUUGUGUGAAACAAUCACCAAUAUGCUUGCAUAGCAAACAUAAACGUAAAGCAGCCUUUUCUAUUUUUUAUCAGAAUCUUGUUUUUAUUAAGUCUGCCGUUUGGGUGGACUUAAGUUACACCGCUGAUGCGUAAAGGUCCGUGCGUAAUUACAUUCAGCUUCGUCGCUGCAUUAUGGAUUUAAUAGAAUCCCCUAAUCAAAAUGCUGUGGGGACGGACCUUUCUUGAAUAGCAUUAACCAAGACCUUCAGUUCUGAAGGGAUGAUUGACGCGAGUGGGAACUGACGGGAUUUAAGGAAUAACGGUGGUCGUUUGAUGAUAGAGCUCCUUCUUUCUGUGGGACUGUUUAAUUUUGGAUGACCCCCUGAACGUCUUUAAAACCUCUCGACAUUUUAUUGUGAGGCUGUCAAUGAGUAAAUCCUACCUGGAGCCGUCAGUUCGGGAUCUCUCAAUCGCUGGGGCUAUCAACUUUCUAUCUGUAACAGGAGGGGAAUAAAACGAUCUGAAAUUCCCGUAGGGAUGGACUGUAUUUUCAAGAGAGUCCUGCAAUAGAACAGUGGAAUUCAUGAAGGAAUAUUUGACUUAUUUCAAGAUGAGGGUUAGAGCAUCAAGAUUAGGAUAUUUGUUACUUCAAUUCACUGCGCUUUGCCUUUACGCACAGAACACUGUUCAACAAUCACCUCCUAAUUUCAAGCACCAUGUAAACGAACAGAGCAGACUUUCCGACCGGAUGAGCAGAAGGUUGACCCGGACCUACCAGCUCUACAGCCGAACCAGCGGCAAACAUGUUCAAGUCCUGGGAAACAAGAGAGUCAACGCCAAUGGAGACGAUGGGGCAGUUCACGCCAAACUGGAGGUGGAGACGGACACGUUUGGGAGUCGCGUCCGAAUCCGAGGCUCAAAGACAGGAUACUAUAUCUGCAUGAACAAGAGGGGCAAGCUCAUAGGGAAGAGGAAGGGCCGGGGCAAAGACUGCAUCUUCACAGAGAUUGUUCUGGAAAACAACUACACAGCCCUCCAGAAUGCCAAGUACGAAGGCUGGUACAUGGCAUUCACACGCAAGGGGAGACCCAGGAAAGCCUCCAGGACCAAGCAACACCAGAGAGAGGCCCACUUCAUGAAGCGACUACCCAGAGGACACCUCCUUGGAGACAGGAGGCCGUUUGAUGUCCUCCCCCUCCCUGUGGCCAUCCCUGUCCACCCCCUGAACAGGAGGACUAAACAUUCCCAUCACCAGCGCACAGGAGGCCGCUGAGGCGGAAACCUAUAGGAGAGAUAACCAUAGAGGAAGAACUUUCAAGGGAGAAUCGUAGAGAAGGAACCUUAGAGGAAGAACCACUGCAGGGAGAAAAACAUUCCUAACAACAACAAAAAAGAUAUGUCUUGCCAAUCACCACGUUAUGGCUUCUUUGCAAGGGACUCGUUUUGUAAAGUUUUGUACUGGAUCUGUAUCUAAACUAAGAGUAUCUAAUCUGGUAGUUGUUCCACGUUAGACAGAGGUGUCUGUAGGCAGAAUUGUAUGUUCAGAGGACGAUUUUAGUGCAAGAGCACUCGAUGAGAUUUUAAUACAUGGACACCUUUGGGUUUGGGAUAACCCCCUCAGCUAAGGGGAAUGUUAUGAGAGAGACUGCGGUGAGGCAGCUAUCUUGGGAUUGUCAUGCGGUUGCAAACAGCUAGCUGACAAUCGAUCAACAUUUUGCAUUUAGGUAAGGUUUUUUUGUGCAUUCAUUUUUGUUAGUCUGAACCUUUCUUUUCUACAUAUAUGAAUAUAUUUUUUAUUUGUAAGAUUUGUAAAAUACUUU